GUCACUAAUAAAAAGAGGAGCGAUCCCGCUGGGUGAAUGGCAUGCUUUUCCUCAUAGUUCACAAAAAGUUUACGAAAGCAUACUGUGUUGUAAAUAUAAUGUACAUUUGGCAUCCACUAAUUUAGUUGUUCAGCCAAUUGUAAAAUAUCAAAGCGUACGUCCUUUAGAACCUAGUGACAUGGAAUCACUGGAUAAUACACAGGCAAUACUAGCACCUUCUGGUUUAAAGGCGAAAUUAUUAUCUAUCAAACGUUAUAGUGACGAGGAUGUAUCA